AUGCGGCGUUCACAUGGUUUCAUUCAGAUGGAGGCUCGUUACACUCUCGAACUUCGUGAUCGCGAUCCCGCUACUGUUGAGGAUCUCGUGCUUGAUGGAUGCGAAAGUGCUGAAAUCGAAGGUGUCAGUGACAAGCUCGUGAAUUUGCAGAGUUUGAGCAUGGUUCAUGUUGGCUUGCAAAGCCUCAAGAACCUUCCAAAAUUGCCACAGCUGAGUAAGCUGGAUAUCUCCGAUAAUAACAUUGCUGGAGGACUUGAGCAUGUGGCUGACAACUGUCCAGAGCUUCUUCAUCUCAAUCUGGCUUCAAACAAGAUCGCAAAAAUAGAGGAUUUGGCGCCUUUGAAGAAAUUGAAGCUGGCAGAGCUUGACUUAUUCAACAAUCCAAUUACAGAGGGAGAUUCGGAAAGUGAAUACAGGUCCAAGAUAUUCGAAGCAAUCCCUUCUCUGCAAAUUCUUGAUGGAGCUGACAUAAAUGGCGAGGAAGUCGAUGACUCGCUCGAUGGAGAGGAUGAUUUGGGUGACGAAGAUAGUGGAGACGAAUCUGGCUCCGAUAUCGAUGGACCUGGAUUGAGCUAUUUGGACAACAGCCAACUGGUAGGUUCAACUCUUGACUCAAUUUAAGAGUACAAACCAUCUGACCCCAGCAUAAAUCUCGAUGAUGCAGCAAAAAGAGGUCUCAAGAGGCGCAACGAAGAAAACGGUGAAGAAAGCGGUAUGAAAAAGAAGGCCGAUGAUGAGUAG